ACAAUACGUAGAUUGUGUUGUCCACUGUGGCCUCCCAGCACUGUCAUCUAUUCAAAAGCUCCAGCCUCAAGACAUAAUCUUAACGUAAGAAUGAGCUGUGUGGAGGGUCUGAGGGCCAACGGCUCUCAGUUCACGCUGGAAGGAAAACCCUUCCUCAUCCUGGGAGGUUCCAUCCAUUACUUCCGAGUCCCUAGAGCCUACUGGGAAGACCGGCUGCUGAAGAUGAAAGCCUGUGGCCUCAAUACACUCACGACAUAUGUGCCAUGGAACCUGCAUGAGCCUGAGAGGGGAAUGUUUAACUUCCAGGACCAGUUGGAUUUAAAGGCUUACAUCACCUUAGCAGCAGAGCUGGGCCUGUGGGUGAUCCUGCGGCCUGGACCUUACAUCUGCGCUGAAUGGGAUUUGGGGGGGUUGCCGAGCUGGUUGUUACAGGAUAAGCACAUGCAGCUGAGGACAACAUACCCUGGAUUUGUUGACGCUGUUAACAUCUACUUUGACAGGCUUGUCCCUGUUAUCAAACCACUGAUGUUUGAAGAGGGAGGUCCGAUCAUUGCAGUCCAAGUUGAGAAUGAGUAUGGAUCCUAUGCAAAAGAUGAGAAAUACCUGCUGUUUAUAAAAAAUUGUUUCCAGUCCCGAGGCAUCAACGAGCUUCUUCUGACGUCAGACAACUGGGAUGGUUUGAGCUACUGUGGUGUUGAAGGAGUGUUAAAAACAAUAAACCUUCAGAGACUGUCUUUUGGAGCUAUCCAGUACUUAGCCGAAAUGCAGCCUCACAAACCUCUGAUGGUGAUGGAGUAUUGGUCUGGUUGGUUUGACCUGUGGGGAGAGCAUCACCAUGUUUUCAAUGCUGAAGAUAUGGUAGCGGUGUUGUCAGAGAUCUUGGAGAGAGGCGUCUCCAUUAAUCUGUAUAUGUUCCACGGUGGGACAAACUUUGGAUUCAUGAAUGGAGCAAUUGACUUUGGCACCUACAAACCUCAGGUCACCAGUUAUGACUAUGAUGCUCCUUUAUCUGAGGCUGGAGACUACACCAAAAAAUAUCAACUCUUGAGGAUGCUAUUUAGCCAGUACCACUCAAAGCCUCUUCCUGAUACCCCCUCUCUUCAGGAGAGGAGAGUUUAUCGAGCUGUCAUCCAGCAGCACCUGUCACUGUGGGACAGUCUGCAUUUUACUGACAAGCCAUACAGGUCGGAAAGACCAGUGAACAUGGAGAAUCUUCCCGUCAACAAUAACAACGGUCAGACAUACGGCUACACUCUGUAUGAAACCACCAUCACCAGUGGAGGAAGCCUCAACUCUAAGAACAACAUCAAAGACAGAGCACUGGUUUUUGUGGACAAACAAUGUGUUGGUAGUUUGGAUUACAAGAGUCAGGAGGUAGCACUUCCAGAUGGAAAGGGAGAAAGGACCUUGAGUUUACUUGUGGAAAACUGUGGAAGAGUGAAUUUUGGGAAGGCCCUGGAUGAACAGCGUAAAGGUAUUGUGGGAGACAUUGUGUUGAAUCAUGUCCCCCUGAAAGGCUUCACUGCCUUCUGUUUAGAUAUGAAGCCCGGCUUUAUCAAACGUCUAAUACAUUCAGGUCACUGGAAAUCUGAGCUCAAGCAACCCACCUUACCGGGGUUCUUCAUGGCCAGAAUGCAUGUGGAUGGUCCACCAAGAGACACCUUCAUCCAUCUCCCUGGUUGGGGUAAAGGAGCCAUUUUUGUCAAUGGACAGAAUCUGGGACGCUAUUGGGCCGUAGGUCCCCAACAGUUCCUAUACCUCCCACAACCAUGGCUCAAAAGUGGAUAUAAUCAGAUCAUUGUUUUUGAGGAGGCAAAGGUCGAUGACAAAAUAACUUUUGCUGAAAACCCUGAUCAUGGCAAGACAGUUGACGUUUACAAGCUUCCUUUUUGUACACUGCUGUGAAAGUCGUUUCCAGCAAUACACAAGCUUGACUUCUUUCUCUUCAAACCCCCCCUCCCCCACACUAUCACCAAAUCAAAUACCAUGGUAAAAUCGGCCAUCCUUUCCCAUUUCGUACACCACUUCUCUGCCCUACUUUCCAUCUUCCAUGUACCAUCCUAAUCAUCUCCC